AUGAAGGCCGAAAAAGCGAGCGGUGAGAACAGAUGGAUGUCUUAUUUCCGUUUCAGUGGUCGCGAUACCACCGCGCAAGCGCAAGUAACGAAGGCUACUACUAUCGAUCGGAAAAUAAAUCGGGGACCCUCAGUGGCCACGAUCACCACACGCCUAUCGAAGCUAGCACUCGUCAACAACAAUGCCAGUGGCACAAAUGAUGACGCCGAGAGUGCGAAUAUGCGGAAAGAACGGGAAGAGAUGGUAGUACAAAAAGAGAGGCCAACCUCGGAGGACCAACUAGAGCAACUAACGCGUUUGGGUUUAUACGAUAUAGGAACCACAAUUGGUAAAGGAACAUUCUCCAAGGUGAAGCUGGGAGUCAAUUCAAUCACAAAAGAGAAGGCAGCAAUCAAAAUUAUAACUAAAAAUGAACGGCACCGAGGCUUUACAACCAAACAUAUUUUUCAGGAGGUGAACGUACAGAAGCGCGCCAAUCACAGGCGGAUAUGUCAGAUCUUGAAUGUUUUUGAUACCGGUUCCCUGGUCUGCAUAGUCCUCGAGUAUGCCCCAAUUGAUCUUUUACAAUACAUCAAUUCGACGUGGAAUAAAAAAUUAACGGACUGUGAGUCAAGGCGGCUAUUCUACCAGCUAAUGGACGCUGUCGCGUUCCUCCAUACUUUGAAUAUCGUUCACCGAGAUGUGAAACCUCAGAACCUUCUGCUGGAUACCGAAUACAAUGUUAAACUGACCGAUUUCGGGUAUUGUACCGAAACUAACUGUGACAUGCUAACAACGGUGUGCGGUUCAAAUGUUUAUGCUGCCCCCGAGUUGGUACGGCGCAAACAGCCUUACAAUGGAAAGGCUGCAGAUAUGUGGGCGUGCGGUGUGGUUCUGUUUAACAUGCUUAUUGGAAAGAUGCCCUUCAAGGCUCUAGGCGAUAGAGUUAAAACAGAGGCACGACAUGUGUUGUACGACCCUCUCAUCUCCGAAGAAGAACUGACACGGAAUUUGGUCAUCCCUCCGCAUGUCAAGCCUCUGGCUGCAAAUCUUAUGAUGAAGAUCAUCUGCAUUGAUUACAGGCAAAGGUAUACAUCAGAGCAAAUAUUCGAACAUGCCUGGAUGCAACUACCGUUUCCGGAAGGACCAGAUCCCGUGAUGCGUACUCGUAUCAAGAAUUAUCCAGGAAGUAGUGGGAAAAGUGCAGCAAAACCCAAGAGCAAAGCGGCCGACAAGAGAAAAUUCAGUUACAAUACCACACAUGAACGAGCAUCCACGAAGAAUAGCUCUUGGAGGGCUACCUCGGGAAGUUCUCGGAAUUGCGGUUCCGCAUCGAGCGCCACCACUCCAGUACAAUCUACAUCCAUUGUCGCCGCGCCGCCAUGAUUGGGUAUAUGCAGCAUACUUUGCUAUUGGAAGAGGCUUCCUUCCAGAGAGUACCAUUUCAGUGAUAGAUACUGAACUUUAACCUGGUGAUAGUUCGUAGCUAUCCAAGCGAUUCUGAAAACAGUAGGUCGUCAGGUUCUUUUUUUGUCCAGGCAAAGUAUUGUAGGUUCCGCCAACAAGAUUUAUAUCCAACGCCAAACCGUGCACGACGACUAAAGGAGACACCCACUCUACGAGCACGAACUUUGCAAAAAUGCAGCACAGCAGGUGGGUGUGUCUGCGUCAUAUGACUGUCAUACAAGGGGACUAAUUUAGGUUAGCUGCCAUUUCGUACCGGCACACACAUGAUUCAAUCCGACGGCAAACAACUGGUCUAAUAUAGCUGUGUAACAUAUGCGGUGGUAUUCUCCGGCAUGAACUUCGGGGAGAAACUACCCGUCACAUCUAUGCAAAUCCACACCAGUUCGACACCUGUAGAAGUCAGUGCUAUCUGGACUUAAACAUAUAUAAUAAUAGAAGAAAGACUUUAAUAGAAAGUCUCACUACAUCUUGCGGCCAAUAACUCCUGUAGCCCUGAAAAAUCUAGAACCAAUUAAAAACAAAUAGCAUCG